CAGUCUUAAAUUGCUGAAGGCAUCGCAAGUGUAAGAACAAGCACUUGAAACAACAAGCUUUUGGGAGGAGUCCUAACGAUCUUUUCUAUGAACUGAUCUUAGUACAUACACAUCGGUCGAGUCAAGCAGCGACAGCUGAAGUUUACUUGAUUGGAACUGCUGAUUCUUUGGACUAAUAACUACUCUAAGCAAUGGCUGAACAACUGACACCAGAGCAGAUUGAGGAGUUUAAAGAAGCUUUCUCAUUGUUUGACAAAGAUGGUGAUGGUGCAAUUACAACAAAGGAGCUCGGCACCGUAAUGAGGUCUCUCGGACAAAACCCCACAGAAGCAGAACUGCAAGCCGCGAUAAGUGAAAUAGACUGUGAUGGUAGUGGGACAAUCGAUUUCCCUGAAUUCCUCACUCUGAUGGCACGUAAAAUGAAAGAUACGGAUACUGAAGAGGAAAUCAGAGAGGCAUUCCGAGUGUUUGACAAGGAGGGAAAUGGCUUUAUAAGUGCAGCAGAACUCCGCCAUGUGAUGACAAACCUGGGGGAGAAAUUAACAGAUGAAGAGGUUGAUGAGAUGAUUAGAGAAGCUGACAUUGAUGGGGACGGUCAAGUAAAUUAUGAAGAACUUGUACAGAUGAUGAUCUCAAAGUGAAGUUCUUCAUGUGUUUUCUAGAAAGAUGUUAAUUUGCCUAUCUUUGAUGUUAAGAUAUGCCAGUAAAAAAAAUAGUAUU